CAAGACUACAUUGAUUUGUUGCUUCACUACUUUGACCACAGAUUUAAAAACACAAUACAGCUUUAUUUGAAUGCUUAGUUAAUUUAACGACCAAUUACCUUUUAAUGCGGUGUUUAGUAUCAAUUUAAUUCAAUAAACUAAUUCAGAAUAGCGCUGCACUUCAGUGUGGAGCUGACCAGUGGAUAAGAAAAAUGUAUUCUUUAAAGAUUUUUCUUUUUAUUUAUAUACAAGGGUGUGUAUGGAGUUUAAACUGGUGCGCUGCGGACGAAGUGCAGGCUUUGAUAUUGGCGCGUGGUGGCUCUAAAGGUAUUCCGAAUAAAAAUCUGGAAAAGCUUAAUGGCACAUCUUUACUAGGACGUACAAUAACGAUAUUAAAUAGUUCCAAUUUAUUUGAACACAUUUGGGUAUCAACGGAUUGUGAGUUGAUAGCAAGCGAGGCGAUUAAAUUUGGCGCCUUGGUGCACAAGCGAGAUGCCAUCUACGCUCGGGAUAAUACUUCCUCCUUGGAGUCUGUCAAAGAAUUUUUAGCUGCCCACGACUCUAUUAAUAGAGUAGCAUUAUUUCAAUGCACUUCAGUGUUUUUGAAAGAGAACUACGUCUACGAAGCGCUGCAGCAAUUUGAGUCUAGGGAUUGCGCUUUUGCAGUAACUAGAUCUCAUAAAUUACGGUGGAAGUUGCAGGAAAAUGGAAAUAUAGUGCCAUUAAAUUUCAAGCCAGAAUGCAGGCCACGGCGACAAGAUUGGCCGGGUGAAUUAAUUGAAACAGGCAUGUUUUACUUUUCCACAAGGCAGUUGGUGAUGGAAGAGAAUCGUUUUCAAAACGAAAAGUGAAUGUGGUAUAGUUGAAAUCGACAUCGUUGACUCAUUGGAAAUUGAUACACGCACAGAUCUUGUACUGGCCGAAUGUCUUAUAGCGCAGGGAUCACGUAUCACAGGCACGACGGCAGCUUGCACAAAUCUGCUUUAAAGAUUAAAUUUUUAAAUAAAAAUGCAAUUGAGCUCAUUUGAGUACUAUAAAAU